AAGUUAGUGUUCUGGAUAUAUAACUCAUUUUCGUACGUUAUAAAGCUUUCAAUUAACCGUGUAGUGUGUUGAAGAUCAAAGCUAUGUUUCGGUAUUUUCUGAAAGAAUUUUUGAGAAGCCCAUGGAGAGAACCUGGUCCAAGUGAAUGGAAUGAAAGUAUGUAUGACGAAUUACUAAAUGAAAUAGGACAUAUUAGAAUCAACGAGAAAGGACGAAAAGGUGGAAUACUAUUGUGCGGACCGAAUCAAACAGGGAAGUCAUCACUCGUAAACACAGUAUUCACUAUAUGCAAUGGUCGGCCAGCAAACGUUUCAACAGCGAUGUUUUCGCAGAAAAGUGUCACUUCCAAUUAUUUACGCCUGGCCGCUCACGGGAGCUUGAACAACUUUAUAAUAACAGACACUAAGGGCCUUUUGGAACCAAAAGGUAGUGGCCUGAAUGUGGAUGAUGUACUUUUCAGCUUACGGGGGAAUAUCAAAAAUGGCUAUAAGUUUGAAGAUCACCCAAUAGAACGUGAAAACAAGGACUUCUUCAACGCAUCCCCAAAGAAAGAGGACGAAUCACAUUGUCUAGUUUUUAUCGUUGGUGUCGAUAUGCUUGAAACAUUUUCUAUGAAGUACUUAAACAAAAUAAAAGAGAUUGUGUGUGAUAUGCAGGAAAGCGGGUACCCAAUGGUCCUUAUUUUGACGAAAAUGGACAAACAUUACCCAUACCUUCAAACAGAUAUUACAUACAUGUUCAAAAGUAGCAUUGUGCAUGAAGCAGUUCUCAAGGCGUCAAAGAUAUUUGGAAUUCAGGAAAGAGACAUUCAUCCAGUCGUUAACUUUACACAAGAAAUCCGUUUGAAUAAAAUAAAAAGCAUUCCAGUGUUACUUGCUCUCAGACAAAUUUUGCAUUAUGCCGAAGACAGGAUUCACGCAAGUAACUAAUGGAAAUCUUCCGACAAGGAGAAGAAAGUUGACAUGUGUGCCAAAAUCAUGAAUACGUAACACAUAUGGCUGAAAUUCAUGAUUCCUUGUGCAUAAGUGUCUGUAAAAAAGUGUGUACAUAACAUUUGACUAGUAUAUAGGCCCGUGUAUAUCAUAUUUGUUCAAUUAGUUUUAAAGAUAUUUAUUUUCUAAAGAAAAACUUCCUAUACGAUCUCGAACCAUCAGUUUGACUGAAUAAAUGUAACAUAAAGAUCGAGGAUCAUUUUAACGUUCUAAUAAGUGUAGUCACAUUGAUACAUAAGUAAUGGUUAAUGAAUAAAAAAAAUGAUCUGUCGAUUGUUAAUGAAUUGCAUAAGUAAUGGAAGUAAUGAUGAGAGUAAAUAUAAAUGAUCCUCGAUAUCUUUUAAGUUGCGAAAAAUCAUACUUUGAUAAAAUAUUAAAUUUGUGCAAAGGUAUUAAUCCAAAGGUAUAUAUAUGUCGAAUGAUCGUACGGUUUGUACUCUGCAAAUUAAUAUUUUGAUAGACUCAAUGUAGACUGUCAUAUUUCAAGCAAAUAUAUUCGCCAAUCGGAAAAUUUAAUAUCUGGACAAAGUUAAUGGACAAAUGUAACAUUAUAGACGCAUUAAUUUGUAUCACUAACAUAAUGUUAAGCCUUUAAAGUUUGUUUUGAUAUGAUGUAUUUGUUUGUUUGUUUUCAUAUAUUUGUUUUUUUUGUAAAAUCGAUAUCAUCAAGCUGUUUCUUUAUACUUUUCAUUUUUAUUUUGUAAAAUCGCCGUCGUAAAACAACUGCAAUAAUCAUUGUAGAUCACAAAAUACUCUGGCCAAUGUCAAGCCUGUAAGUUUAACGAAUACAGAAUGUUAUUCCUUAUCAGUUAUGAUAAAAGAAAUUUGUUUUCAUCUGACACGGGGUUUAAGUUUUUUUAUGUUAACGUUACGUACCUACCAAAUGUUGUAGAUGUUUGAAAAACAAUUACCAUAUAACUGGAAUGAAACAGAUUAUAUAUAAAUUGCAGUUACUAAAUUAUUACUUGAAAGGUAAUUGAGAUUAGAAUAAGAUAUUAUAUACAGUGAGAUAAUACCUCCUAUCAUAUCUGAUUGGUAUAUCCUACAUAUAAAUCGGCUGUAACCACCCACGCUAUAAAGAGUGGAUAGUCUACAAAUGGGAGGGUGUUGUAAUGUUAGUGUCUUCAUGUUAAAACUGUUCAUCCCCAAUUUAAUAAGCUAAAUAUACGUUUCCUAGUUUUUGCACCUUCCAUUAUUAAGUGACAGCUGUUUCAACAGCCUUAUAUGACUCGACCUUAAUAGUUCAAUGUUGGAGUUAGAACUCUGUCUCGUUAAAUCCUCUUACCUGAAGGUCUCUAGAAAUAUACUGACAGUUUUAUGUUGUGUUUUAUAAUUGUUUACAUAUAAUACCGGCUUAAGCGGAACUAUAUCACAGUAAACUUAAAUGUUUGAGAUGUUCCCAAAGAACCAGGGUUUUCCUUAACACUUUUUCAAAGCAAGUCAAGUUCUCUACUUUUAUAACUACUGCAUGAUCUUGAAAUAACCCAAAAAUAUACAUUUCCCAUUACACUACACCUCAUUACCAGUAAAGCAAAUUCUAGACACUACUUAUCAUGAGGUACUAAGAUUUUUAAAAAGGGUAUAUUAGAAAUACAGGCGCGUAGCUACCUUUACGCAAAUACGCAGCUGCAUAAUGAAAAUAUGGCAAGCAUACACAAUUCAAUUUGCUAAAUUAUUUCGUUUCAAUCAGUGGUCUAUCUCAUGCAAAGGAAAUUGCUUCAUACUCAUUAAUUGCUUACUUCAUAUUCUGUUUUUAAAAAGUAGAGCUAAUUCAGUUUAUAUAGCGAACUCAUCGGGACAUGCAUAAACAUAUCACGCAUUCCUUACCAGUAGGAAUUAUUUGUAUGGCAAACUAAUAAAUUGAUUUAACAUCCAUUGAAAUUCACCAAUUGUCUUUGAAGUUUUAUUACAAUUUAUCUAUAGUUUUGUUCUUUUUAUUUUUUAUUUUAUUUUAUUUCUUUAUCCUACUACUUGAUUACUUAUUUUGUAAUAAUCCUGUACAUGUAAAAUAUUGCAGUCAUACGCCGUCUAUGUUAACGGUUUAAACAGACAAACUUUGAAUUUAAAAAUAAAAUUAUAACACAAUGUCAAAGAAAAUGAAACAAAUGUUGGCUUUCAAGCCUAAAAGGUAUUUUGAAUAGGAUAUUUUAAUGAUAUUACAGACAUAAUUUUCAUACAUAAUAAUUAUUUUAAUUUUAGUUAUUAUCAGACGUCAAAUAAUCUCUGCUAUAUCUUAUUAUUGCACUUAAAUGUAUACAAUUAUCAAUUAGUCCAUGGUCACAUUGUUAUAGAAAAUAAAAUCCUAUCGAAAUCAAGUAAUUAUAGUACGCUAUUGUCCCACAAGUCGUACAGUAUAACAGUAACAUCCAGUUCACAGUGAGAUAAAUAUCUUCUUUCUUUUAUAACUGGUGAUCACAUAUUUUAAUGCCCCAUUAGGUAACUAAAUUAUAUGUAUUUAAUUUCAGUGUAUUUAAUUUCAGAAGACCUAACACUACAUUCCUAAAAAUUAUCAGAUCAAAAUUUCAGUGUAAUGCUUGGUUUUAGAUUUCGUUUGCAUAUAUCAACUAUCAAGCUAGGAUUUUAAUAUUUGUUUUAUGAAUCAAUAUGAUAGUUCAAUGUCUUCACAAUGCUAAUGUUAAGCCUUGUAUAAAACUUCUGAAAAGGGCUUUUUGGUUCCUUAUAGCUUAAUAUAUGUUACUCAAAUGUGUAUUUUAAUAAUGGGACAUGGAAAUAUGUUCCUUACAAACCAUGUCUGUUUACCUAGAUCAAAGAAGGGCUAAAUAUGAUAUUUUGGGUGAAGUUAGCCCAUGAACUUUAGAUAUGUUUAGAAGUAUGUUUUAAUUUUUCAAAGUAAUAAAAAAACGUUUAUAAUGUAAAUUAUAAGUUAUUA